AUGACUCUGGAGGUUAGUGUUGAUAUGAAUGUGGUCUGGUGUAUCUAUGAGGCGUACGUCGGUCAUAAGAAUUUCAGUAUGGGUCGGCAACCGGCACCAUUGGAUGGCACAAAUACGAUCAUCUUUGUUAUGCCUUCAUCCAGUGCCCGCUGCGCACAGUUACCCCGUGCUGAGGAUAAGCUCCCAUUCUUUGUUGCAUUGCGUAAACUACGUGAUUUUGUUCGUGGUGAUUUGGCUGAAUUGCCUGAUUCCGAAGUGGUGUUUGCUGACUACACGGAAUUUCGUGUGACCCAACCUGACCCGAAGAGUAUACGCAAAGCAGAACGACGUAGAAAACGUAAGGCUGAGGCGGCUGCCGCAGCUGCCAUGGCUGCCGCGUUAGCCAGUGGUGCAACGUCGGCGGAUGGAACCAAUUUAAUGAAUGGUCUUUUAACUAAUCAAACCAUUCUCUCGGAUGGCACAUCGUCAGCUGCAGUGUCAUCAUCCACUGCUUCCCUUUCAACCGUUUCGACCAAUGGAACGAUUGCCUCUGAUUCGAAGAACAGGAACCGAUCAAAAUCGGCCAAAAAGAAACGUCCUUCAGAAAAUCCAACGAUAUUGGGUCAGCCUCAGCAAGGCAUAUCGAUUCAGACCAUACCAAGCAUAAACCUUGCUGGUUGUACAUCCGAUGUCCAACUGCAGCAGCAACAGCUACAACAAUUGCAACAGCAGCAGCAGCAACAGGCUUUCUUCUUUCAACAGCAGCAACAACAACAGCAACAACAGCAACAGCAGUUGCAACAGUUUGCGCAACCGAUGAAUCAGCAACAUGCUGCACUCCAACAAUCGCAACAACAACAACAACAAGUGAUCGUGAGUGGUGGUCAACUCAUGUCCGCCGCACCGAUGGUGACACUUGCUAUGACACCCGGACCGACGGGGACUGCGAUUCCAGUUCACCCAGGUAUGCUGAUGGCCAUAUGGUCCGCAGGAAAGUAUUUCAUGACUACUUAA